CUUUUUUAGGUUAUGUUGAGUUGCUUUUUAUAAAAUAAUUAUUAAAAAUAGAUUUAAUUAGUUCAAAAUUAUAUUAAAUUGUUGUAAGUGUUUUGAAUAAUUAUUUGAAGUUAAAAGAAUUGAUUUAAAAUGCACGGGAGAGUGAAGACAAGAUCUUCAGAAGAGGAGGCUGCGAGGAAACUAAAAGAGCGACAAGCCAAAGUAGCAGCUUACAAAGCUGUCAGUAGUCAAAUAUUUGAAAUGCGAGAGAAAAAAGAAUUGAAUGGAGUCUUAAUGAAUUUGUUAGCACAAGCUUUGAGUGCUAAUCCUGAUAUUUAUACGUUUUGGAAUAUACGGAGAGAAGUUUUGCAGCAUUUGGUUGCACAGAACGAGUAA